AUGGAUGAACUACGGGAAGACGGGCUAACCCCCCUGGAGAGAGCCAGAGCAUCCGACAACAACACCAAUGCCCUCAAACUCGAGACUUGGCAGAGAUACCUCAUAUUAUUUAUUGUCAGCUGGAACUGUUUGGUUGUCACCUCGACGAGUACCUCUCUGCUUGUGGCCACUCCCGAAAUCGCAGCUUCCUUCUCGACCACCGCCGAAAUUCUCAACCUCACCAAUUCUGCGGUCCUCGUCGCUAUGGGUUGUUCUUCCUUGAUCUGGUCGCCCCUAGGUCAAGUAUUCAACAGACGGAUUAGCUAUAAUGCUGCUAUCAUCGUUUUAUUUCUAACCUCUAUUGGAACCGCGGUCGCUCCGAAUCUUGCCUGUUUUACCGCCAUGAGGAUUGUUACCGGAUUGACAGGAACAUAUUUCAUGGUUGCAGGACAGACCAUCAUUGCGGAUUUGUUUGCCCCUCUUGUUAGAGGUAGAGCAGUUGGCUGCCUGAUGGUUGGAGGUGUUGCGGGCACAGCCGUGGGGCCUUGUAUCGGAGGCAUAAUCAUAACAUACAACAAUUGGCGAACUAUCUACUGGCUACAAGUAGGACAGGCAGGGCUCGGAUUGGUCCUAUCUCUGCUGUUUAUACCCGGGAUUGAAAGCGAGGUUCGACAACUUUCGGACAAGAAUCCGAGCACUACACUUUCGCACAUUGACAUACUUCAAAAAUUCAACCCAGUCAAAGUUUUCAGGCUCUUUCUAUUGCAACAGGUUUUUCUUGCAGACCUUGCCUGCGGACUGCUGGCGUUAACACAAUAUGCGUUACUUACUUCAGUAAGGCUUGCUAUCAACCCACGAUUCAAUCUCACAACGCCCUUGAUCAGUGGUCUUUUCUACAUUUCCCCUGGAGUCGGAUUUAUAGUUGGGAGCCUUGUUGGAGGCCGAUUAUCAGACCGUACAGUCAAACGCUGGAUGGCAAAACGCAAUGGCUUACGCCUGCCAAAAGACCGCUUAAAUAGCGGAAUAGCCUAUCUAUUUUUUAUCCUACCUAUAUCAGUGCUCUUGUAUGGAUGGGGUUUGGAUAAAGAAUUUGGAGGGCUUACAUUAGCAAUCAUUAUGGCAUUUUGGAUUGGAGUUGGUCUCAUGGGAGCUUGGAAUGGUUUAAACACCUAUACGUCCGAAGUGUUUCCAGAUCAGAGAUCGGAAGUAGUUUGCAGCAAGUAUAUUAUGCAAUACUUUUUCGGAGCGGUUACUACUGGUACAACUGUUCCUUUAAUCAACGGUCUUAGCAUUGGCUGGUAUUUUACAAUCCUGACAUUUACGAAUUUAUUAGGAGGGAUUAUCGUUCUGUAUAUUGCAAGAUUUCAUCUGGAUAGAGGUAGAUAA